AUGAGUGAUAGCCGGCGACUUUCUGUUGAAUAUAUGGACUCGCCAGCGAGAUGGAAACCGCUCUCCGAACGCCUUCCCUUCCUCUGGAAAUUUUUCUGCCGUUCGGAUUCCACUAGCAUGCGUCUCGAGGUUGAAAAAAAACCUGAGUCCCACUCGCUGCAGAGUGUCACAGACGAUGAAGCCGGGACGCAUCCCGCCGAGAACCCCGUUUUGAAGUCGAGAUAUCAGCGAUGGGCGGAGGGGGUCAAGGGCCUCGAGACCCGAGGGAUUGAACAAGUGCCUUUCGAGGAGCGUCAGAGAGUCAGCACAUCGGCUUCAUUCAAUAUCUUCCUGACGUGGUUCAGUAUGGGAAUGGCACUCAACAAUAUGGUCGUCGGGACUCUUGGGACGGUUGUUAUGCGACUAAGUUUCCUGGAUGCCGCACUUUGUGCCUUUUUUGGGAACUUUCUGGGCUGCAUCGCCAUAGGAUAUAUGUGUACCUGGGGCCCAAGAAGUGGGCAUCGCACCCUUGUAUGA